CAAAACGUCUGCUUUCCUUGCUAAUAGUCUCGUUACUCGAUUCUACUAACACUGCAUUUGUAACCGUGAAACCUCUGUUGCUUGAUACUACUAGAACUUUGAAGAUGGCUGAGGCUGUCCUUGAAAUUGUGCUUGAGAAUAUCAGCUCUCUCAUUCAGAAAAAACUGGGACUCUUUAUGGGUUUCCAUCAAGACUUGGAAAGGCUUACCAGCUCGCUCUCUACAGUCAAGGCUACACUUGAAGAUGCUGAGGAGAAACAAUACUCGAACAGAGCUAUCAAAGAUUGGCUGCGAAAGCUAAAAGAUGCAGCUUAUGUGCUGGAUGACAUCUUGGACGAGUGUGCCACUGAAGCAUUGGAGUUGGAGUAUCAUGGAGUCUCGUGCGGACUAUUAGACACGGUACAAACCUCUUGCUUAUCCUCUUUUCACCCCAAGCAUGUUGUUUCCCGUUACAAGAUUGCUAAGAAAAUGAAGAGAAUAAGAGAGAGAUUAGAUGAAAUUGCUGAAGAAAGGACGAAGUUUCAUUUGACUGAGACGGUUCGAGAGAGGAAAGCUGAAGUCAUUGCUUGGCGCCAAACAACCUCAAUUAUUUCUCAACCUCGAGUCUUUGGAAGAGAAGAAGAUAAGGAUAAAAUUGUAGACUUUUUGGUUGUCCAUACUUCUCAUUUUGAGGAUUUAUCGGUCUAUCCAAUUGUGGGUCUUGGUGGACUUGGAAAAACGACACUUGCUCAACUCAUUUUCAAUCAUGAGAGGGUGGUCAACCACUUUGAGCUGAGAAUUUGGGUGUGUGUUUCUGAAGAUUUCAGCUUGAAGAGAAUGACAAAAGCUAUCAUAGAAGCAGCAUCUGGGCGAGCCUGUGAGGAUUUGGAUCUAGAGCCGUUGCAGAGAAGACUUCGAGAUCUGCUUCAAAGGAAAAGAUAUUUGCUUGUUUUGGACGAUGUGUGGGAUGAUGAUCAAGAGAACUGGCAUAGGAUGAAAUCUGUAUUGAAUUGUGGAGCAAAGGGUACUUCAAUUUUGGUCACUACCCGUCUUUCAACGGUUGCAUCAAUUAUGGGAACAACGUCUCCUGAUGAACUAUCAAAACUAUCUGACAAUGACUGUUGGGAACUGUUUAAACAACGAGCUUUUGAACCAAAUGCAGCAGAAAGGGCAGAGCUUGUUGCGAUAGGGAAGGAGAUAGUAAGUAAAUGUGGGGGAGUGCCUCUUGCAGCAAUUGCAUUAGGAAGUCUUUUGCGUUUUAAAAGAGAGGAAAAGGAAUGGCUCUAUGUUAAGGAGAGUAAGCUGUGGAAUUUAGAUGAUGAGAAUUUGGUCAUACCUGCCUUGCGAUUAAGUUACUUGAACUUGCCUGUAAAAUUGAGACAAUGUUUUGCCUUCUGUGCUAUAUUUCCCAAAGAUGAAAUAAUAAGCAAGCAACAUCUAAUAGAACUUUGGAUGGCUAAUGGAUUCAUUUCCUCUAAUGAAAUCUUGGAUGCUGAAGAUGUGGGUGAUGAAGUAUGGAAUGAAUUAUACUGGAGAUCUUUUUUCCAAGAUAUUCAGAAAGAUGAAUUUGGCAGAGUUACAAGUUUCAAGAUGCAUGAUCUUGUUCAUGAUCUUGCUCAAUCUCUUUCGGAAGAGGUAUGUUGCGUUAAUGACGACAACGGUAUAACUACCCAGGCUGAAAGAAUCCGACAUCUCUUAAUUUACAGGCAAAAGUCAUAUGAACAGGCCAAUUCAAUUCAGUUGCACCAAUUCAAGUCUUUGAAAACCUAUACAGUGCCGCAGUACUUCUAUGAAUAUAAAGAGCUUCCAGUUGACAUAUUAAAAUGUUAUUCUUUGCGGGUGCUUGAGAGGGAGAGACUAGACAGUUUGCAGCCUAAAAUUGGUCAAUUAAAAUAUCUAAGAUACUUGAAUAUUUCUCAUGGUAAUUUUCGAACUCUUCCAGAAUCCCUAUGUGAACUGUUGAAUCUGGAAAUUUUGAAAUUAGACUAUUGCAAUCAUCUUCAAAGGUUGCCGAUUAAUUUGGCACGCUUAAGAGCUCUACAACAUCUAUCUUUGAGGUUUUGCCACAGACUGUCAAGCUUGGCACGUCAUAUGGGGAUGAUGACUUCCCUAAGGACGUUAAGCAGGUAUAUUAUUGGCGACAAAAGAGGAUUCCUUUUGACAGAACUGGGUCGACUAAACCUUAAAGGAGAGCUUCUCAUCAAGCACUUGGAGAGGGUCAAAAGAGUUGGGGAUGCUCAAGAAGCCAAUAUGUCGACUAAGCACCUAAAUUCAUUGCUGUUAUCAUGGAACAUAAAUGAAGAGUCUGAAUUACAAGAAAAAGCUGAACAGAUUCUUGAAGUGCUUCAACCUCGUACCGAACAACUUGAGACUUUGGUUGUGGGAGGAUAUAAAGGUUCACGUUUUCCACCAUGGAUGUCUAGUCCUUCUCUCACACAUUUAAAUCGUCUAGAGUUGGUGGAUUGCAAUAAUUGUUUACAACUUCCGCAGCUGGGGAAACUACCUUCUCUAAAGAGGCUAAGUGUAUGUAACAUGAUUCAUAUAAUACACCUAUACGAAGAGUCCUACGACGGUGAAGCAGUUUUCAUGGCUCUAGAAUUUCUGUUACUGGAGGAAAUGCCAAACUUAAUAAGGUUAGCAAGGGAGGAUGGGGAAAACAUGUUUCCGCGCCUUUCCACAUUUCAAAUUACUGAUUGUCCUGAGUUGUUGGAUUUGCCCAGCCUUCCAUCUAUCAAUGAUCUCCGCAUAAAAGGUAAAUGCAGGGAAGUGCUAAGUUCAAUUCAUAAGCUCAGUAGUCUUCAAUCCCUAAGUUUCAAUUAUAAUGAGGAGUUAACAUGCUUGCCAGAUGGGAUGCUACAAAACCUUACUUCUCUAAAGAAAAUAGAGUUUUAUAAGCUCUCCAAACUUGAGAUACUUGCAACUAGAAUCAUUAACCUUAAGGCUAUCCAAGAACUGUAUAUAAGGGGUAGCAGCAGGCUCAAGUCAUUGGGUGAUGAAUCAUUGAUGGAAGGGUUGAGCUCUCUAAAGAAAUUAGAAAUUUUGGAAUGUUCCAAGUUCAAUAUGUCGGCAGGUUUUAAAUACCUAACAUGUCUUGAGGAUUUGAAUAUUGGGAAAUGCGAAGAGAUGGAAUGUUUGGAUGAGGCAUUACCACAUAUGACUGCCUUGCAAUCAUUAAGACUCUGGGAUCUUCUAAACCUACAAUCCUUGCCAGACUGCUUUGGAAACCUUGCCUUGCUUCGGGAAUUAAGAAUUUCUAACUGUCCCAAGUUGAGGUGUCUUCCAAUGAGCAUUCAGUGCCUUAGCGGUCUGAAAACAUUGGCAAUUUACCGUUGCCCCGAGUUAGAGAAGCGAUGUGAGAAAGAAACAGGAGAAGACUGGUCAAAAAUAGCUCAUGUUCACUUUAUUGACAUAAGAAACGUACAAAUCCAGUACGGCUUAAGGGCCGUUGUAUAUUCUGACGCAAGGAUAAAUUAUAUUUUAUUACUUUAACGUAAGUUAAAUGAAAGUCAUGGAAAAUUUAGAUUGAAUGUAAAAAUUUUUAAAUUUACGUAUGCGUAAAAACAUAUCAUUUGUAAGCUUUGGCAAGUAUGAAGUCUUGCAAUCUUCAGAUAUAUCAUUUGUAUCGUUUGAUGUUUUAUUUAAUUGAUUUAUCAAUGUUUUAAAAAGUAGUUUUGUAUUAUUAGCUUCUUUGCUUAUUUGUAUUAUUUCCAAUGCAAGUUUGGAUUCUAUAUAUACAAAUAGUAUU